AUGGAAACGAUAAUAUCUCCAGUAAUUACUUUACAACAAGCCCCUGUCGUUUAUACAACGACAUAUAGAGUUGUACCACAAACAGUUGUAUACACCUUUCCAAAUAAUAUCCCUGUCGUUAAAAAUAUACAUGUGGUUCCUGCACAACAAUUAUGUCUUAGUUACGCCUAUACUUCACCAGUUACUGUAAUAAUAUAA